AACUCUUAUCAUCGACAAAAAUUUGAGUUCUCAGUAUCUUCUUAUUUUCACUCUCUUUGAUUCCUUCUUUCAAUUCUCUUUUAUUUCUUCUGCCUUCCACCCCUUCUAAUUUUAUACUUACACACACACACUCACUGUUUGUUUCUUUCUCUCUGAAAAUGGCCGCCGCGGCUUCGUCUUUGUAUUUUCCGGCCACUUUCACCGCUGAUUCUCCCGCUUUCUCGUUCUCCGCUCGGCGACCCUUUAAGCCCAAGAGGAUGAUGAUGCUUGUUCGCUCCGAUUUGGAUCAAAAUGUUUCCGACAUGAGCUCCAAUGCUCCGAAAGGGUUAUUUCCACCGGAACCUCAACUUUAUCGAGGACCGAAGCUAAAAGUGGCUAUUAUAGGAGCUGGGCUUGCGGGAAUGUCUACUGCUGUUGAGCUUCUAGAUCAGGGCCACGAGGUGGAUAUAUAUGAAUCAAGGCCUUUUAUUGGUGGGAAAGUGGGUUCUUUCACUGAUAAACGCGGAAAUCAUAUAGAAAUGGGUCUUCAUGUAUUCUUCGGUUGCUACAAUAAUCUUUUCCGUCUCUUGAAAAAGGUUGGGGCUGAUAAAAAUCUUCUUGUGAAGGAGCAUACUCACACUUUUGUAAACAAAGGGGGUGAAAUUGGUGAGCUUGAUUUUCGUUUCCCAGUUGGAGCACCAUUACACGGAAUAAAUGCAUUUCUGACUACCAAUCAGCUCAAGACUUAUGAUAAAGCAAGAAAUGCUGUAGCCCUUGCCCUUAGUCCAGUUGUGCGGGCACUUGUUGAUCCAGAUGGCGCAAUGAAGGACAUACGAAAUCUGGAUAACAUAAGCUUUUCUGAAUGGUUCUUGUCUAAAGGGGGAACGCGAAAGAGUAUUCAGAGAAUGUGGGAUCCUGUUGCUUAUGCUCUCGGGUUUAUUGACUGUGAUAACAUGAGUGCUCGUUGUAUGCUCACGAUUUUCUCAUUGUUUGCCACUAAAACAGAAGCAUCCCUUUUGCGCAUGCUUAAAGGUUCUCCAGAUACUUAUUUAAGUGGGCCCAUUCGAGACUACAUUACACAGAAGGGGGGCAGGUUCCAUCUCAGGUGGGGAUGCCGAGAGAUUCUUUAUGAAAAAUCUAGUGAUGGACAGACAUACAUUUCAGGCAUUGCCAUGUCCAAGGCAACUCAAAAGAAAAUCGUAAAAGCAGAUGCCUACGUCGCAGCAUGCGAUGUCCCUGGAAUCAAAAGAUUAUUACCCCCACAGUGGAGAGAGUCGGAGUUCUUCGACAAUAUCUACAAACUAGUUGGUGUUCCUGUUGUCACAGUACAACUUAGAUACAACGGCUGGGUUACAGAGAUGCAGGAUCUAGAAAAGUCAAGGCAACUGAGGCAAGCAGCGGGAUUGGAUAAUCUCCUUUAUACCCCAGAUGCAGAUUUCUCUUGUUUUGCUGACUUAGCACUUGCAUCUCCAGAAGAUUACUAUCUUGAGGGUCAAGGCUCGUUACUCCAAUGUGUGCUCACCCCCGGCGAUCCCUACAUGCCUUUACCAAAUGAUCAAAUCAUAGAGAGAGUUACCAAGCAGGUUUUGACUUUGUUCCCAUCCUCUCAAGGCCUGGAAGUUACAUGGUCAUCAGUUGUGAAGAUUGCGCAGUCAUUAUACCGUGAGGGGCCUGGUAAAGAUCCUUUUAGACCUGAUCAGAAGACCCCUGUGGGAAACUUUUUCCUUGCUGGCUCAUAUACGAAGCAGGAUUAUAUAGACAGUAUGGAAGGUGCAACUCUUUCAGGUAGGCAAGCUUCUGCCUACAUUUGUGAUGCUGGAGAAGAAUUGGCGACCUUGCGAAAAACAAUUGCUUCAAUCGACUCCAACACACCUACAGAAGCUGAGUUAACCCUUGUCUGAUGCACUACGUUAUAGCUGUAUUCGGACCACUAGAAGGUGAUCAUACACAUGUAUGUACUUUCUUACAGUUGAAUUGUGCCAUGAGAACCUAAUGGAACGUCAAUGUUGUAUUCUAGGAUGUCUUGGCGAUCAUUAGUUUUCUUUGGCUCAGUCUCGAGGUUAUAUAUAAAGAUAAAGGACAUCUUGUUCCAAGGGAUACGUUUACUUGGUU